CUGAGGGAUAUGAUGGAACUCAUUGAAGACUUCAAGCUUGAAAUGGACAUACCUGUGGAUCUUAUCUUCAAAUUCAUGGUUCCUCGGGAAUUUCAAAUUCAGAACCAACGUAUUCAAUCAACGCAUAUGCAGGCUUCAGACACAGUUUUUCAAAACUCAUGCAUUGCCACUGAUGUCUCAAACCCAAGCCUACCAACAAGCUUUAGUGCUGUGCCAAAUCAACCGGUAGAAACGUAUGAAGCUGGUGGUACAACUGGGUUCCAAGGUCAAUCUUCACAUCAAGCUGGUUUUAAACGUCCAAGGGGGGUGGAGGAUCCUGAGGGUUCUAGACUGGUGAUUAGACCCUGCAUCAAUCGACCACCAGGCUUUGGCAAAUUCUAGUGCUCUAUGUCUCAAGUUUAAGGCUAUAACUAGCUAAGUAGUAGGAAGUAACUAACUAGAAACAUCUUUUGUUUCUUUGGGUUUGAUAAAGUCUCAGCUAUUGUGGUUUAGUAAGCUCCAUGGUUUCUCACUUAAUGGAUUUUGUUAUGGAAUUUUGGAGGCUGCUAUGAUCUUGAAUUUUAAUUAUUAAUGCAACAAAAGCUCUUUCGAAAAGUUGUGUAUACAUUGAUGUCGUCUCCUUCAUAUUAUUAUGAUCUGUAAACUUUUUGAAACAUAAAUCUCAAUGUGCGGAUACUUGGAUUAAUUCAAAUCAAACCAGUGGCUAACACAAAUUAUUAAAGAAAUUGUUAUACAACUGAAAAUACUCUCAUUAUUUCACAGUUUACGAUCUGUAUUCAUACACACGGUUUAGUAAAAGGAAGUUUAACCGAUAAUUAAUCUAAGUUAACCGGGAUACUCUAGUAACUCUUACGGUAAAUUAAGUCAACAAAAUAAAUGAAUUACUAAUAAUCAUUGAUUUUGGAAAAUAUAAUACUAAAUUGAUUUGGAAAUCCAAACAAAUAUAUAUUAUCUAGCUUCUUUUCAUCAUUAUCUACAACACAGAAGCCACAAGACAAAACAGCAGUUAAAAACUCAAAAGCAGACGUGAAGAUUCAUAUCAUCAAGUUCGUUCGUGUUGUGAAUUUCUAGGUUUCGUUUCUUUUGAUUUGUUUUUUUUUUAUGGGUGACUUGAUGGAGAAGGCAAGGAGUAGUCUAGCGCUUGUUGAUCUAAGCAAACACAACUUUCACCGAACCCUAGAUUCUCUCCAGGAAAGCGCUCAUUCUCUUCUUCUCCUUUCCGUUCAAUGGAAAGAGAUCGAAGGGCACUUCGAUUCCACGAAAGGCCUUCUCGAAGAUCGAGCCAAAGAGCUACAAGCACGCGAGGAAUCACUCAAUGGCCGAGCCAUGGAACUUGAGGACAAGGAGAAGGAGCUUUCUUCGGUUCAUGACUCGUUCAAAGCCAAAGUGGAUGAGUUUGAGAAGAUGGAGGUGAGGUUUCACUCGGAGUGCAAGGAAGCUUUGGAGACAAGGAAGGCAGAGUUUGAAGGGUUUACAAAGAGAAUCGAGUCCAUGGAGAAGGAACUAGAGCAGCAGAGAGAUCUCAGACAUGAGUUUGAGCCACUUGUUUCAAUGUUGGGUAAAGACAAAGGCUGCUCAAGUGUUGCAACGUCUGUGGAUGAUUUGGUUAAGAGAAAUCAAGCCUUGGCGAGAAUGAUUCCGUGUUUGGACCCGGCAAAGCUUGUUUUGGAUGCUAUACAAGCGUCUCUUAAAGAUUUUAAUGAUAGUGUUGUUCUUAAAAGUUGCACCGUUUUGUUGGAGAAACUGAUGGAGAUGAAUCUACCUAUCACAUGGGAGGUGAACCAAGAAGCGACUCAAAUUGGUAUUAACUGGAUAAGUAUGGCAAAAGCUAACACAAACAAUGACUCUUUGGUGUUAUGUUGCUUGUUGUUUCUGGCUGCUUAUGGUUUGGCCUCUGUGACUACUCGUGAAGUGCUGUUAACCCUUUUAGAGCGGUUCCUUCUGUAUGAUCAAGCGCCGAGACUGUUUCGGCUUCUGGAGUUAGAACAUAGUGUUUAUGGUGUGGUUGAAACUCUAAAGAACAAGGAAGAGUACUUAGCAGUACUGAGAUUCAUAUGUGAGUUCAGGUUAUACAAGCUUUGUCCAAGAGGGAGACCAGGAGCCCUUUUGCAUGCGUACUUGAUUUCAUCAGAAAGAGCUGCUAGAGUUCCUUUUGGAACUGUAAACUUAAUGGAGGCGCAGAAAGCGAGGAAGGAGAAGAUAAAAGCUGAUGCAACCAUGGCACUUGAGUGCAUCCAAGAGAGGAAAGCUGAGCAUAUGUUCCCUCCUAAGAUUCUUAAUAAGCUGAGUCUACUAAAGAACGGUGAAUCAGCAGCCAAGAGAGCAAUGGAACCAGUUCAUAAAAGUUCUGAGAAUCAGGACACAACCAAACGACAAAGAUUAACCGAACCAACCACUCCUACACAGAACUCAACAGGUGAGAAGAUUGAUGAAUCAGGAGUUAAUCAUCAGCCAGAUGGCAAAGAAACACAUCCACCAAGCACUGAAGCUAAGCCAAACAAUCUCUGUGGCUCCAUCAACGCAGACAUGUUAAGGGAGAUACUAGAAAAGAAACCUCUAGAGAGUGAUCUCUCCAAUGCUUUCAGAUGCACAUCAAAUCCAGCAAAGCUAGUUCUAGACACAUCCAUGUCUCUAUGUCCUACAAACCUUGAAGGGAGCAGCUACCAAUUCAAGCUGCUGAUUACUUCAGAUAGCUGCAACUUAUUGUUGGACCAGCUGAAGAAGCUCCCUGUUCAAAUAGGACAUCCAGUAAAAGGGGAUGCAAAGAAACUUGCUGUUUACUGGAGAGAAAAGAUUACAAAGAAUAAGAGUGAUGAGUUAGAAGUAGUUUGUUUCCUAAAGUUUCUAGGUAUCUAUGGGAUAGUGUCAGAGUUCAAGACCAGUGACCUUCUAACUCUACUGGACAACUCUUAUUGGCACACUGCAUCUCCUGAUCUUUGCCAGUUUCUUGGUUUAGACAACGCCAUUACAGGUUUCAUUCAAGACCUCAUAAAGACUGGGCAUCGUCUCAAAGCAGUUAACUACAUAUACUCAUUUGGUAUGUUACAUAAGUUCCAUCCUGUUUCUGCUAUUAUAAACGAUUCAUUGAGGAUUACAAAGGAGUCUGCAGAGAAGGCGUUUAGAGACGCAGAGAAUGAACCUGCAUCACAGACUUUACAGGUUGCUGCAAUAGACAGGCAGAUCAGGUCCUUAAGAGCCGGCAUUAAAUGCAUAACGUGUCACAAACUUGAGUCAGAGUUCCAGCUCGAAGACCUGGAGGAGAGGAUCAAGUCGCUUUUGAAGCUUAGAAGAAACGUGUCUGAUACGGCGGAACCACCAAGUUUAGGAGAGGUUGGUUCUGUCAGCAGCAACAACACACGUUUGGAACAUUCAGCGACAGUUGUUUCCUCCUCUGCUAGCAAACCGGGUUCGAGAGGACAAAAGCGAAGUCAGAGCUCAGUACACGUUGCUUCUUACACAAGCAAUCACGUUCCUGAACAUGGCUCUUCCCUGAAUCAAAGACUGACUUGGCCGGUGGAUCAUUACGGCAGAGGUUUCAACUCUGACUACAAUCAUAACCAGUGGACACAACCGGAGGGACCUCCUCAGUAUCAGUAUCACCAAUAUUAUCAACAGUAUGAUCCUUAUCACAGGAAUCAUUUCUAAGUGUAUUAUAGCUUUGUGGGUGCUUUCUUUUUGUUGUUUGCAGCAGAUUUUUCUUAUCAGACAUUUUAUGUAUUAAUCACUGCAUCAGAUUUUUUCUAAUCAGACAUUUUAUGUUGUAAUCAUUGCUUCAGAUCUUUCUAGUUGACAUGGUAAUGUAACAUUGAUGUUGCGUAGAUACCAAAUGGUCAUAAAGUAACAUUCUGAUGUUCAAGUCAGUAAGCUCAUGCUAGAUCAGUGAAUCAAUGGUUAGAAACUCCAAGACGUUCAUAAGAUUAAUCUGUGAUCUGAGAACAUCUGCAUACUAAUCACUCAAUAUUCUCACAUUACUAAUCACUCAAUAGUCUCACAAAAAAAAAGAGUCAAAAAUAUGGAAGAAAAAGAGAGUUGGAAAACUUCACAAUUUUUUUUCAAAUGAUAGGCUCCUUGUCAUUUAUUUGUUAUAACUGAUUUACACCACUGCAUUUUAGUUUCAUAAUUAAAU